AUGAACGGCGACAGCUACUCCCGAGACGGCGGUCGGCAAGGCGGAAGGAGCAACUACGUGAGUGCCGACAAGACCCUCAACACCGGGCGCACACUAACCGGGCAGUCUUCGAGAGACGACCGCCGAGGAGGCGACCGAGGCGGUGAUGACAGACGCCGCCGCCGAUCGCGCUCUCCUCGCCAUGGAGGUGGUGGAGGAGGAGGUUCUCGCCGCGACUACGAGGUCGACACGUACUCGUCCAGCCGCGAUUACCGCGAGCGCGAGCGCGAAGACACAUAUGCCCGCCGCGAGACGAGGCGCGACGACCGGGGCGCGGGCGGUGAGCGCGGCGACCGCAGCUGGGGCGAUUCGUAUGCGCGACGCGACCGUCCUGGACGAGACCGUGGCGACCGCGACGACGACCGUGCCCCCCGACAGGACCGACGAGACCGACGAGACCGUGGCGAUCGUGAUGGCGGAGGCUACGGCGACGACCGCAGGCGGGGUGGACGGGAUGGAGGAGGCUUUGGCGGCGGUCGUGGAGGCCCUCGCCAGCCCAAGGAGGAGUCGCCUCUACCCAACAAGGCGCGCGAACCCACGCCGGACCUCGCUCCCUUCACCAACAUCCUCAAGCGCGAGCGCCGCAUGACCCAGUGGGACAUCAAGCCCGCCGGCUAUGAGAACAUUACCGCCGAGCAGGCCAAGCUGUCGGGCAUGUUCCCGCUGCCUGGAGCUCCCCGCGCCGCGCCCAUGGAUCCUUCCAAGCUGGCUGCUUUCAUGAGCCCCUCUGCAGGCACUGCGUCCGCUGCUGCCCUCGCGCCCGGUGCAUCCAAGCAGUCGAAGCGUCUCUACGUCCACAACCUCCCCUCUGGAACCACGUCGGAGGAGCUCCUCGAGUUCUUCAACCUCCAGCUCAACGGCCUGAACGUGGUAUCUGGGCAAGACCCCUGCUUAUCUGCACAGAUCGCCUCGAGCAAGACGUAUGCCGCGCUCGAGUUCAAGACGCCCGAGGAUGCCACGGUCGCCCUUGCCAUGAGCGGCAUUUCCAUGCGCGACGACGGUGGAGGUCCAGACCGAAGUGGCCUCUCCAUCCGCCGCCCCAAGGACUACAUCACCCCAUCCGCCGACGAGAACGCCUACCCCGGAGACGAGGUGUCGAGCGUUGUCAAGGACAGCCCCAACAAGCUCAGCAUCGUCAACAUCCCCACCUUCAUCGAAGAGGAGCAGAUCCGCGAACUCGUCGAGACUAUGGGCAAGCUCAAUGCGUUUGUCCUGGUCAAGGACAUCAGCUCCGAGCAACAUCGCGGUAUUGCCUUCUGCGAGUACGCCGACAACGAAGUCGUAAAUGCUGUCAUCGAGGGCUUAAACGACAUUACUCUCGGCGAGGGCAACCUCAAGGUGUCUCGUGCGACCGUCGGUAUGCAGCAGAAUGCCGGUUUGGAUGGAGGUGUCAAUGCCAUCUCCAUGCUGGCUAGUGCAGAGCCGACCAGCAACCUCGAGCACGGCCGCGUCGUUUGCCUCAUGAACAUGGUAACAUCUGAUGAGCUGAUCAACGACGAGGAGUAUGAGGAAAUCAAGGAAGACAUUGAGGAAGAGUGUCAGAAGUACGGACCCAUUGUCGAGACCAAGAUUCCUCGCCCCGCUGGUGCCCGCUCCAGUCUCGGCGUUGGUAAGAUUUACAUCAAGUACCAGGAUACCGAGUCUGCGCAACGCGCCAUCAAGGCUCUUGCCGGACGUCAGUUCUCCAGGAGAACCGUCGUCGCAACUCAGUUUUCUGAGGAAGGCUUCGACGUUGACGCGUGGUAGACGCCUCUGAUACAACAUCUCACUUUCUUUCGUCUUUUCGCUAACUGGCAGGGCAUUCUGGGAUCCAAGAAAAGGAGCGCGAGUUUUGUACAAUAAUUUGACCAGUAGGAACAGUUGAAGCCGACACAGGCAUUGACAUGAAAAUGCGAAGGCUUGAUGGUGGCAUAGUUGGGUAGUCAAAAUAGGCCUUGAGCAUGAGUUCAGUACUAAAAAA